CACCAAUUUGAGAUGAAACAGACAGAAAUUUCAUGCAUUCAUGAGGCUGCAUUUAACGACAAGGGGCAAAUUUUUCUUGGACUGACAAUGGCUGAAAAAAGGUUCACUCUAAAUGAUGUGUUGCAUCUUCUUGAAGAUGAUACAUACUUUCAAGAAGCUGAUGUGUUCAUGACUGGAGCAGAAGAUGCUACAAAAAGUGAUGAGGAUAGCGGGCAUAAAGACCUCGGAGGCAAUAUAAACAAAUUGACACGGAACCAACUUCGUGCUGAUAUGACUGUUUCUGUGCGAAGUGCCACCGGAUCAGUCUCAAACAUCACAGACACUAACCAUUCGAACACAUCGCAGGAUGCGGGUAGUGAUGUAGACUUUGUGUCCGAUGCAUCGGACACCACUAUUUACUAUGACGUUCAGAUCCCUGUGCAACAAAACCAGAAUGAGCAAAGGAUGCCCAACUUUCAUAGAAGGGCAAGAAGAACAUGGUUGUGCAAAAUGCAUGAAUCCUGUACAGGUUAAUCGCCAAGUAUCAUAACCAACUCAUGGAUCUUCUUGAUUUCAGGCGGGAAAUAUGCAAAGUUUAUUUUAUGCGGUAUUCCCAACGAGCUUUGCGUGGACGUCCGGUUGGGAGGGUAAUGCACAUUAAUUGCAGAGUACCGGCUGCUGUCAGGUAAGAAAGGCGCGACCACUACAUUGCGCCAAAUAAUACGCAGAGAAAGUGUGCCUUUUGUGGCGGAAAGUCAACCCUGAUCUGCGUGAAGUGUAAUGUUGGACUCCAUGACAGAUAUUUCAUAGCAUUUCUUCGCCAGUGAUAAGUGGAAAUAUAUAUUCCACAAUUCAUAGACAGGUGAUUAUUGAAUUGUCAUAAACAUGCAGAAAAACAUACAGUCAUGCAUAUU